AUGAGUGAUAUGAUCUUAUGCCUCCUUUAUAGAAUGAGAGUGUGGACUGCAAAAGAUAGAGGUGGAUCUAGUGCCCCACCAAAAGAAACAGGAGAAUCUGCUUCUCAGAAGUCAGCUAAGUUAGCAAGCGUUGAGAAUGUUCCUGAGAAACAAAUGGAACCAGAAGAGCUUUUGUGGCUUGGGAUCCCUUCGGACAUACACCAUGUAUUGCUAUUGGGAUUAUUGGAGAAUAAGCAUAAGGUAGCAACUGAAGAAACCAUGGUUGAAAAAGAAACAACUGCGGGGGAAGCUACAACUGAGUAA